GUUUUGUUUCUUUUUUUCUUUAAUUUAAGUAAUUUAUUAUUUCGCGUUUUGUUGGUUUGCAACAGCUUUCCUGUAUCGGGUUUGACUGGCUUGCUUUUUUAGCGCUUUCUUUCUUUCCGUCGUUAACUUUCAUGCCGCUCUCCCCUCACGCGGCGCUGUUUUGACAGUCGGAUUGCUGUGGUCCAACUCUCAAGCUAGCAGCGUGAAAACUUGAACGAUUCUCAACACCGACUCAAAACACACGACCACCGAAACGGGCUCCAGACUGUAGGCAACACCAUGCUCCUGCAGUAAGCCGAAGGCAGAGAAGAGAGGCCCUAGACGACCUCUAAGGUGGUGCUUGGCCUGCUGGUGUCCCCCUUCCUCCCUCUCUGGCUGGCAAACUGCUGCCUCUUCAGUUCACCUGACCGCUCUCUAUCCACACAGCUGAGGCGUGCCAUGGAUUGUUCUUCACCCCCCGCUGCAGCCCACCCCAGUACACUACCUUAGUGGGUCCCUUUCAACUUUUGUGUGUGGUUCCUGUCCACACUCCUGUACAUAAUCCAGCAUAGACCUGGUACCACCUACAGCCACUCCUGGGUCCUCCACCCAGCCCCCUCCCCACUCCCACCCUCUCCCCUCCCAUAAGAAGAUGUCAGUGAGCCUGACAACAGACAUCCAGCAGGAGGGAGAGAAUGGGCCACAUAUCGAGCCCUGCAGCCGAGGCAAAAGCUCCCCUCAACCACAGGGUACCAAGGAUGGAACGGAGUGCUUGGAGCCAGAAGAUAGCUCUCCACAGGAUUCACAGAAACGACCUCCUAACCACAGUCAUGGCAGGAAAAGGGCCAAGUCUAAUGCCAAAGUAAAGCUGGUACGGAGUCUUGCAGUAUGUGAAGAGUCGUCUGGUCCAUUCUCCGAUGGACCUCCAGAAUCGGAUAUCAUCCAGCUUCACAUCAGCUGUCCAUCAGACAAAGAAGAGGAAAAGUCCUCAAAGGACGAAUAUGAAAAUGAAGAAAAAGAGAAGAAGGAUAAGACUCCUCGAAAGAUGUUGUCACGUGACUCCAGUCAGGAAUACACUGACUCCACAGGCAUCGAUGUUCAUGAGUUUUUGGUCAACACACUGAAAAACAAUCCCAGGGAUCGAAUGAUGCUGCUUAAACUAGAACAAGAUAUCCUGGAGUUCAUCAACGACAAUAAUAACCAGUACAAGAAGUUUCCUCAGAUGACUUCUUAUCAUCGAAUGCUGCUGCACCGUGUGGCUGCCUACUUUGGCAUGGAUCACAAUGUAGAUCAGACAGGAAAGGCUGUCAUCAUCAACAAGACAGGCAACACACGCAUCCCAGAACAAAGGUUCUCUGAACACAUAAAGGAUGAACGUAAUAUGGACUUUCAAAAGAAAUUCAUUCUUAAAAGAGACGAUGCUAGUAUGGACAAAGAUGAUAAUCAGAUUCGUGUGCCACUGCAGGACGGGAGGCGUAGCAAGUCGAUUGAAGAGAGAGAAGAAGAGUAUCAGCGGGUACGAGACCGGAUUUUUGCCCGAGAAUCGUCACAAAAUGGAUACAUCAAUGACAACAGACUUUCCACUGAGGGCUACUGCUCUAGCUCUCAAAAGAGGAGGCAGAUUUUUAGAGGGAACCGCGAAAGCUCCAGCCGGGCAUCUAGCAGUCGUCAAAGCAGCACAGACAGUGACAUGAAGUGCCUGGAGCCACGGCCCUGGAGCAGCACCGACUCAGACAGUUCCAACCGCACCCUCCGUCCACCUGUGACUAAAGCCAGCAGUUUCUCUGGUAUCUCCAUCCUCACCAGAGGGGAUAGCCUUGGCAGCAACAAAGGAUCACAGGGAAGCUGCAAAGGCUCUCGCUCUGGCUUGCCCCUGGUCUGUCCUGAUGUGUGUCCCCCACCCACACCUUCCCAGUCCAGCCGUAGCCUGAUUCCCUGCUCAUCUCAGCCACAACAGCCACCAGCCCAAGCUCCGCCACAGACAGCCCUGCUACCCACCCCACAGCAACACCCCAUGGGCAACCACAUGAUUGCUCAGCCGGUGGCGUCUCUACAGCCUUCUCAACCUGUCUCCUACUCCAGCCCUUCCUGUCCCCAGGUUCUCCUGCCAGUUUCUCCUCCUCAACAGUACACAAUGGGAGAAGAGCUGGCAUCUCAGUUCACCCAGAUGACGCUGAGUCGACAGGGCUCCAGCGAGAACCCAGAACCACCCCCCAUGUAUCAGGCUCCUCCCACAGUGCUGUCACAGCAUCCCCCACCUCAGACCAGCUACAUCAUGGCUACUACAGGCCAGCCUUUGCAGCCUCCUUCUGGCUACCAAACUGCUACUGGACACCCUCAUCCUCCGCCUCCACCUCCUCCUCAAUCCCAACCUGUCAUACAGGCUCCACCGCCUCCACAGGGCUACAUACAGCCCCCUCCACCUCAGCAGAUCCAGGUAUCGUAUUAUCCUCCUGGUCAGUAUCCCAGUUCAGGCCAGCAGUACCGUGUGUCCCAGCCUAUGUCCCACCAGGUGUCUUACCCGGCCCAACGCACACAACCCAUGCCUCAGCCUACACAGCAGUCAGGUCUUCAGACCAUAAUGCCCAGCCAGCAGCCAAGCUAUCAGGGUAUGAUGGGGGUUCAGCAGCCUCCAAACCCUGGCCUUCUUAAUUCCCAGAGGGCAGGCAUGGGAGGACAGAUGCAAAGCAUAAUGGUCCAAUAUCCACAGAUGCCAUCAUWUCAGGUACCAGUGGCAAAUGAAAAUCAGCAGGUGGUGCAGCAGCAGUACCAGCAGCAGGUCAUGGUACCAGUCAGCCAGUCUGUCCAGGGGCCCAUGCCUGUCUACUACAGUGUUAUCACACCCACACAGCAAAAUAGCACAAGCCCGUCUGUAGGCUAUCUGCAGCCACCCAGCUCAGAGCAGUUUCAGAUGCCAUCUCCCUGCAACCCUCAGCCAUUGCAACAGCAAUAUUCAGGWGUCGCUCCUCCUGGACCUGGGGUGAUGGUCAUGCAGCUCAGUGUCCCCAAUGGACCACAGCCUUCCCAGAAUCCCCCUCUGGUCCAAUGGAAUCCAUGCAAGUAUUACAGCAUAGAACAGAGACCCAGCAAACCAGGAGAGCUCUACAAABCUGAUAACACUCCACAGGCCAGCACUCAGCUGACGAGUCCUCUGACCUCUCCCRCUCAGUCYCCCACCCCGUCUCCCUCUGGCAGUGUCAACAGCUURUGUCCAGGCCUGGGACCAUUACCCCUCAUCUCCCAGUUUACSAGGCCAGGAGGACCAGCUCAAGGUGAUGGUCGUUACUCUUUGUUGGGGCAGCCUCUUCAGUACAGUCUCUGUCCUCCACAUCUCAUGCAUGGUCAGUCCUCCUACAGCUCCCACCAGGUCAGUACCAGCAGACUUCUGUACUCCCAACUGUUUGGGAUAUAGAGAUACUGAUGACCAUAAAUUAUAAAAUUAAAUAUCAUUCUGUGUCAGUCAGGUGUUAAACACAGAUUU